UAAUGAGGAACGAAACGGUUGGACGCAGCUAAGUUCAAAGCGCAACCAAUGAUCCAAUGAGAGGACAGAUUAAUUAAAAAUUGAGUUAAAUGAAUAUAUAAACGCGCGAAAUAUAUGUCGAUAUUGUUCGAAUUGGUAAUUGAAAAAAAAGAAAGGCGAAAGCACGAGAAUGAACGGAAAUCUAUUGCAGCGGAUAAAAAGCAAAUUGAAUGCAAAGUUUUAUGUGAUGAACGACACAUGGCUAAGUGAUUGUGUCGAAUAUUUUUUCAAUGACAAAAAUCCUCAUGAAAUAACAGAUAAACACAUUUUAGAAUUUGUGGAGAGUCAGUGGCAAUUGAGCGACCUGCGAGAAAUAAGCAGUGAAAAUGGGUGUCUUCCAACAAACCUGAUGCAACAAGUGCGCAUUGUGUUAACUGGCACUUAUAUUCUACAGGUAGACAAGAUGUAUGACAUAGCAAGUUCCAAGUACAAGCAGUUAUGCCAAAUUCGGAAAGUCAAUAGCGAUAAUUUAGAAGUAACAGAAAAAGAGAAACAAACUGAGUGGGAGCCUAAAGCUAGAAGAACGAUGCAAUGGUGUCUCACAGAUGGAGUGCAGAAUAUUAUUGCAAUAGAAUAUACUCCAAUGAAGCAAAUGGCAAGUAUACUACUUCCUGGCUACAAAGUGAUGAUAAUUGGUCCAGUUGAUUGUAGACGUGGUAUCAUUUUGCUGGAAGAUGGCAAAUACAGAGAGAUUGGCGGAGAGGUUGAAUCUAUGCUGAAAGCCAAUGCACUGGAGAAUAUUUUAGCUAGAGCUUUAGAUGAGCCAGAGAACCCAGAUCCAUAUCAUGACAAUGGACUGCUCAGAAAUCAGAUUAAUUCAAACACUCCAACAAAUCCUACAAAUGAAAACAGUUUUUUCGACGAUGAUUUCGAGGAAGCUGUUGAUUUGGAGGCAGUGACCGCGAUUGAACAGCAAAGCCAGGAAACAGUCAGAACUAUUCAGAAUCAGGAUUACGUACCUGAAAAUAUUAGGGGGCAGAGACAAAAUACUCAAGCAAUCGGAAACGACACGACGGAAGAAUUUUUGGAGGACAUCGACUUUGAACCCUUAGAGAAUUGGUCCAGCAAGGAUCCCCCGGUGAGACCCAUACGAACAUUACCAACAUCGCGGAUGGAGAUUGACGGUUUUGAAGAUAAUGAUAUAACGAUAGUUGAGGAAAGGUCAACUUUUGCAUGCAGUUCUCGAAUGAAAUCAUCGUUGCCCACGAAGUCUUCUAAGAAAAAAGAUGUUACAGAUUUUCCCGACGAUGAUUUCGCUUUUGAUGACUGCAAGAUUAUAACAGAAUCGCAGGUCAGUCAAGAACAAGGUAGAAAUUCCUUCAAGUUUAAGAGUGAAACUGGAAAGCGUUCCUCUCUACGAACGUCUGGGCCGAGACUGACGAACGAUGACAUCAAAACGAAAGUUGAGAAAUGUACCUCCGUGGGAGUCUCGACGGCGCGAAAAGACAUAUCUGUGGCGAGCACUUCGAGAACCGUUCAGGAAAUACCAAAAGCCAAGACGAUUUCCGAUUUUUUUGCGCCUCCGCCUCCUCCAAAAAUUUGCGACGUUCUGAGCGACGUGCUUCGCGAGAAUGUCACGCGAACGAUAUACAGAAUGGUGAGGGGCAAAGUGAAGAAUCACUCAACGUUAACGAAGCAAGGUAAAUGCUGGGCGUUGACUGCACUGAUCACGGACCAUACUUCCAGCGUAGAAGUCUGCUUCGAUUCUGAGAUUUUAGAGAAAUUUCUCGGAUUUACUGUGCAGGAAUUUUCACACAAAAAGAAAUUCGCAAAAUCAGAUCCGCAAGUAGACAGUGAGUUGCGAAUGAGUUUACGUAAGGCACAACAUCAAAUAGGGAAUCUAGACGCGUUGUUGAAACUGGAAUUAACUCCGGAUCAAAUGCCAAAAGUUGUACGAAUCACGCAGCAGAAAGGAGAACUUACAAAGAGGUCUGCAUGCAACUAAGUGAACUCGCAUAAACGAUAAGGAAAUUUUCGUAAUCCAAAAAAAUUUUUUACCUCGUAAAAGUAUUUGGUUAUUUUAUAGAGUAGUUCAAUUCGAAAAUUAUACAAGCAGCAAUCGCAAAAAUAUAUGUAAUUUAAGUUAGUGUAACAAAAAUAUUCUGCGCCUUGGAGGAAGGAAAAGGAUUAAAAGGAAGGAUUAAGGGAGGAAAGGAUUAAAUUAUAGAAUAUUGUUUUAAAAUUUAUAAUAAAUACUAUUCUUGACAAACGAAACAAUUUCGUUUCCUAUAUACGGACGAUUGUAAUCGAUACGUGCUCAUACAGGGUGUUCUGGGAUCGCCGAAAAAUGGACAUAUAACGUUAUUAUCCUGUUUAAAUAUUUUUCUUAUCUUUAAAAAAAAUCGAACUAAAGACACCAAAGACGCUAGUCUCUUUAGUUUUACAUAUCUGUCGUCCAAAAAGAACAAAUUUCGAUUAACGAAUUGCAUGACCAUAGCAUUUAUUAACUGGUACACUUGAUCAUCGCAGUGGUACAUUUUCGUCUCGAUUCAUUGUUCUAUCUCGCUCAUGCUCUCUUUCUCUCUUUCUCUCCUCUCCCACUCUCUCACACGCAUUCAUACACGCGCACUCUUCUUUUUUCGCUCUCUCUCUCUCUUUCGCUCCUUCACUCAUUCAAUGUAAUAACAAGUUCACAGUUUCAAUUAAUAUCGUUUCUUUAUUGUUACAAUAGAUUUAUGCUUAUUGCACACUUCCAUGAUAUAAAACUCAUUCCACUAUUUUCUUACUCUCUCUCUCUCUCUCUCUCUCUCUCUCUCUCUCUCUCUCUCUCUCUCUCUCUCACUCUCUCUUUCUUUCUCUCACUCUCUCUCUCUCUUUCGCUCACUCUCUUUCACUCUCUCGAGAUACAAAAUUAAUCCAUCAUCGAAACACGUCGCACUGAUGAUUCUGUUUCUAAAAGGGGUCUGCAAAUAAAUUGUUUAAAUAACAAUAACUUAAAUAUAAAUAUCAACGCAAUAUGUCCCGUGAGCUCCUACAAUCGUCGAGAGAUUGAAUCCUAAUCUCUCCGUAUCCUUGAUCCUUCCGUUUUUCCUGCCUUCGUAAGCGCAACGACAUUGUCGUUCCUUGUCAAUGGCAACCUGCCUCUCAUUGAUCGAACUAGUCUUUCACAAUAACGUUUUUU